AGGGAUGCCAGGAGCAACACGGCCUUGCCACCAGCCCCAACAGGUUUGCAGUGUGGACCCUGAAGUCCCUGCUGUACCAAAAGCAGUACAAGGAUGUGGUGAUGGCAAUGGAACGCAAGCGUGGCUGGGACACGCUGCUCUGUGCUGACACCCACCACUAUGCCGUGGGUCUGCUGGCCAGGGAGAUGUCCUGCAUCUCCAUACGCUCGUGUUUCCGGAUCUUUCGCUAUCUGCUCCACCUGCUCAGCAAAGAGAUGCCAUACUGGGAUCUGCCUGCCCUGGCCUUCCUGGUGGAGGUCCUCGAGCACCUGGACUUGAGUGAACGCCAUGCUGACAGAGUCCUGCAAAUCUUCUCAAGGCACCUGCAGAGUGAGUGCAGGGAGAGGCGUCACCUGGCACUCAAGGGCCUUCUCAAGCUCACUGACAAUCCCUCGAUGACCGAAAAAAUGUGGAGCCUGACUGAAAGUCUUGUGGAGCUCCUGCGGGAUGCAGAUGGAGAGAUUGUUAAGAUAACACUCAUGGUACUCAGCUUUAUAAUCUUGGACAAGGACACGCCAAUACCCAGCUCCUUCGCCCUGCAGCUGGCUCAGGCAGUCGUGCUACUCUUUGACCUCGACAAUAGCCAGGUACAGCUGCUCUCCAUGCUGCUCUUCCGAACACUGCUGACUCUUCCAUUGGAAAAGGAGAGAAAGACUCUGAAGUCACAAGUGUGCCACAGCCUGCUGCCACUCUUCUUCCACUGCCAUGAUGAGAAUCAGCGUGUGGCAGAGGCUUCUCGGGAAACGCUGAUUUGUGUGGCCAAGUUCCUGAACAGGAGAGAUCUUGAGAAACUAGUCAAGAAGGAGAAACUCUGGAUUUUCGCCAACUGCCUGCUGGCAGAGGACAGGAGCCGAGCGGCCGAGCACCUGCGCCGGGCCCUGCCCUACCUGCAGAGCCCACAGGAGCCCCUGCGAGAGGCGGCCGUCAGGUUCAUGGGGAUGGCCGGGCGGAGCUUGAGGGGGCAGCAGGGAGAGCUCCAGCUGAUCUCUGAGGCCCUUGAAGGAAUGGUAAAUGACAUCAGCCUCAGCGUGGGAAGCCUGGCAAUUCAAUCAUUGUGCAUCCUGAAGGCAGCAGAGCAGGCUCCCAUGCCAAAGUUCCAGAGGCUGCGAGAUCAGCUGCGCAGGGCAUGGAAGACACGGCCUCGUCUGUCGCGGCUCGGCUGGCUGGGCUGCUGGGGCUCUGUGGAGGGCUGAUGCAGCAGGCUGUCUUUGCUGGGGCCUCCUGAGCCAGCAGAGAUUUUAUUCAAAAUAGCUCUUUUCUUCAUUUUGUUUUCCUUUAUCAUGUAAAUAUUGAAUGUAAAUAAACAU